AACUGCCCAUCCAUGAUCGUUCAACUCGAGAUCUCUCUUACGCCAUUUCGGUUUCCUCAUCCUGGGUACAAGUGGCCUGCCGUAACAAUGGCUCGUACAGCCUUUGUCGCGGGCUGCCUGAGCCUUGCAGUCUUGCUCCAAUCAAUACUUGCAACCGAUGUACAUGGGGCGGCCAUCUCGACAAAUUUCCCGGAUCCUUGUCUUGCCCUAGCAGACGACGGCACUUGGUAUGCCUUCAGCACGCAGACCGAGACGAUCAACAUCCAACUGGCUUCGUCCCCGGAUUUCAAGCAAUGGAAACUCCACGAUGGCUACGACGCUCUUCCCGUGCUACCCGCAUGGGCGCGUGAACACCCUCAUGCCGGGGUCUGGGCACCCGACGUGAAUCCACGGCCCGAUGGAAGUUGGGUCAUGUAUUUUGCCGCCCUGACAAAGUCGCAUCCCAGAAAGCAUUGUAUAGGAGUUGCGAUAUCACCCAACGUGACGGGUCCUUACACGCCCUUGGACACUACGCUUGUAUGCGACCUUCCUGGCGGCGGUAAUAUUGACCCGAACCUUUUUCGUGACCCCGUCAAUGGUCAAAACUAUCUCGUUUACAAGACUGAUGGGAAUACCCUCGGCCACGGCGGGGCUUGCGGGAACACCAAAGACCCUGUUGUGCCUACUCCUUUGCACCUGCAAUUGUUGAAGGCAACUGAUCUCGUCACACCGAUUGGCGACCCCAUAUAUCUCUUUUCCAACAUUGGCGACCUCAAACAAGAUGGGCCAAACGUCGAACGACCAUCCUUGGUCUUCCAAGAGUCAACCUACUACCUACUUUACAAUGCGCAAUGCUAUGCAGAACUCAAUUACCGCGUUGAUUUCGUGAGCUGUGCCGUCGGCAUCGAUACCCACACUGGCAUUCUCGGAUGUGAUUGGAAAGCCCUUAAGAAGGAGCAACAGACCUGGGGCAAUCGUACGUUGCUCAAGACUGGCGACAGUGUCUCUGGCUUCACGCUGCAUGCUCCAGGCAGCAUGGAUGUCAGCCCGGAUCAGCACAAGAUUGUGUUUCAUGGUGACAUCAAUCUCGAAUGGUUCAAACCAGAUCAUCCCCGCAACAUACACCGUGAACGUGCCAUGUAUGCGGGUGAGAUUGAUUUUGUCGACUCGAGUCUUCGCGUUGUCGAGCUCUUCUGAAAGCUCGUGUUGGCCUUGCAGGGAUGUCGCCAAUUCGAACAUGCCAGGCACGCAUACUUGAGGUCACUUGCAAGAGAACAUUCAAUCCUCAAGCGCCGAUGCGGGUCAGCCUGAUCCCGCAAUGUACUCUUGCUCGCUGUUGAGAAGCCAGGAACUGCAAACUCUUACCUGGCCAGCUCUCCACAUACUAUGUAAUGUGUGCCGGCCUCCCAACCUAGGUUAAGUGAGAAUGCAGGAAGCCCAAUGUGGAGAGAAUAACGUCGUUGGCCAAGCGCGCCCUUCUCGUCUGCAACACACGUUGACAAUUCCACUCCCAUCCCAUAGGAAACGUGGUUUUGCCGCGUCAGGACUUACGUUGCCGAAUUCCACCAGAAACGUGUAUGGGUUGAGGUGGCUCCGAGUAGCAUCAAGAGGAGGCUUGCGUCUGCAAGGAACAAACCAGACGAUGUUGGCUCGCUACUUUCAGCGGACUUCGUAUCAACAAGGGCGUUCCGUACUCAAGGGAACGUCAGACUGAGUCGGAUGCAGAAACAUCGCCUUGGUGUGACUGGGCACCUUCUCCUGCUUCUUGCAGUUCCCAUGGCGCAAUGCUUCUGAGCAGCUCCAUCUAGGACGCCAUUGCUGCAGCUCCUCGUGGCGGUCAGCAAUAGUUGCCGCUGCCAGUGAGGCUGACAGUGAUCACUUGACUACUGCUGAGCUCGGACCUCGACCGGCGAAUAAAUAGUCGAACCCCAGCCUCGCUCCAUGAUCUUCAAUAUUGUUGGUCCCAGCUCUGCAAUACUAAUUCUAAUAUCUCCGCUGGAACUUGGAAGAAUACAUGGAACAAACCAGUUUUCCACCUGAGGUCAUUUAUCGGAUCAAACUGGCCGUAGUGGCUGGGCUCAUACAGAUUUCGCAGCCGCUAUCACAGCAUUCCAUUGCACGUCACAGAUACAGGCCACGACAAUGGUCAGUUGAUCUCCUAAUGCACUUGCCGGUCCGUCGAGCUUGCUGCAGCUCUAGUCCAAACCUCGUAAACUACUCCGUAGAACGGUGAGAAAAUCAACAUACAUAGUUGAGAAGCCUCGUUCUGCUAAGAAGCACCUGGCUGGGCAUGCGGUCCCUUGCUCGCAGGGUCGAGAAUCAUUGGCUCAAAUGCACAUUCACAUGUUCAAUGCAGGUCUCUUCUGAGAUAAGAACGUCACUUGAUCCUAUUCGAUGGAAAUGUCAAGAUCUUAGCUCGGAUAGCACCUCGUGGUGGAGGGAAAACUUGCAGCAAGGCAGGCUAGCCUUCUGCAGCCAAAUCAACCUCACUUAAGCACUCCUGGGUCUCCUGCAGCCUGCAGCCACCUAAACCUGCAGACAAGACGGUUCUCCAGUUUCAGGCCAACGCCAGCUAUGCAACCUGCACAGUUAAGGAGAGCGUGGGAUACGUGAAGCAGAAUAACAACUGUCUCGAUGUUCUGAUAGCACGAAUCAAUGCAAGGCCGUUUAAGAGGCUAACGAAGUAGCUGUUCCAGAGGCACAAAGGUUAGUGUCACUGUUUCUUUCCUUCCAAUCCACCUUGAUCUGGCUGCAAACAAGCUUCUACUCGCGUUCCUUCCCGUCCUUGACCCAGCAACAUGUCAUGCAACCGUUGACCACUUGGUCUUGACUUUGGCAGCUGCGUCCCCCAAGGCAGUGUGGCAUACCGGUACUUGAUACCUGAGAUGACUGCUGAGGUGGUAUUC